AUGUUGCGGUUACUCUUGUUACUUAUUGUUUCCAGUACCGUACUUUGUAGUCAAUAUGACGACUACCUUAAAGUCAGGGAAGGAAUUACUGAAUACAUCCAACAGAAGACGAAACCAGCAUAUUUACUAGAAGCCACCAAAGGUUUUAAUUUGACACAUUUAUUCAGGAAAAACACAAAAGUUACUGCUCCUAAUAUACUAGUUUGUGGUGCUUGUGAACUAGCUAUAGACCUUCUUAUUAACGAACGAAAAAACGGCGCAAGCAAGGAACAACUUAUAGAUACUGUAUCUGGAUUGUGCACUAUUUUGAAUGUAGAACCCGAUAGCGUUUGUCGAGGUACAAUUGAACUUAAUGCGGAUCCAUUGACAUACAUUUUUGACAACAUGCAAAACCUGACUAGCAAAAGAGUAUGUUCAUUGGUUUUGCAAAAAUACGAAUGUAGCAAAGGUGAUAAUUUUGAAUGGGAGAUUGAAAUUCCGUUGGGCAAUUCUAUUGAAAGACCUAAGCCUUCAGAAAGUUCAGGACAAUUUAAUAUAAUUCAACUGUCUGAUUUUCAUUAUGAUCCACUAUACACAGUUGGUAAAAGCUCUAAAUGUGCCGAACCUUUAUGUUGCCAAUCAGAUUCUAUUGACCCAGAAAAUGAAAAUGAUGCCUGUGGUUACUGGUCAGAUUACAAUAACGCAGAUAUUCCGUGGCAUUUAAUAGAAGAAACGGUUGAGCGGGUUAAUGAACAUAAAUUCGACUAUGUAUAUUACACAGGAGAUAUAAUUAGUCAUAGAGUUUGGUCGACAUCUGUUGAAAAUAAUACUCGGGACAUUAAAAAAGUAUUUGACCAUUUCAGAGAAGUGUUUGAUGUUCCGGUAUAUCCGAUUUUGGGUAAUCACGAGCCCAAUCCUAUGAAUCAAUGGGCAGAAAAUAUUUCUGAUCCAAACUUAUCAACAAGCUGGUUGUAUGAAUUAGUUGCUAAUGAGUGGUCGACAUGGCUACCUUUGGAGACGCAACAAACAAUCCUAAAAGGAGGAUUUUAUACAGUCUCACCUAGGCCAGGUUUCAGAAUAGUUGCUCUAAACAGUAAUGUUUGUUAUACUGUUAAUUGGUGGCUCAUUUGGGAUGAUUAUGAUCCUUAUGGGCAACUUAAUUGGCUUGUAAACGUUUUAUUGGAGGCUGAGCAGAACGGCGAGUCUGUGCACAUUUUGUCUCAUAUCCCAUCAGGUUCCCAAAGUUGUGUAUCUGUAUGGAGUAGAGAGUUUAAUAAAAUUAUCAACAGAUUUGCCAAUACAAUAACCGGUAUAUUUAAUGGACAUACUCAUACUGAUGAAUUUUAUGUUUAUUAUAACAACUCAAAUCCGGAUCAAGCUAUAAAUGUAGCAUACAACGGAGCAUCCGUGGUUACAUACACAGAUAACAAUCCUAGUUAUAAAGUUAUCCACGUAAAUAAUGAAACAUUUGCGAUUAAUGAUAUUUGUGAAUGGACUUUUAAUUUAACUGAAGCAAAUCUACAACCAGAAGAAAGGCCAAACUGGUAUGAACUAUACUCGUUCAAAACUGCAUAUAACUUAAAUAGUUUAGAGCCAUCUGACCUAAAUGAUCUUUUACACAGAAUGGCAACUAAUGAAACAAUUAUUAAACAAUUUAACACCUAUACAUACAGAAAUUCAGAUACCUCAGUGGCUCAAGACUGUGACGAAAAUUGUCAGAAAUCAGUUUUAUGUACGGUAUCCGUAACUGAAAUUGGUAAUACAAAUAAAUGUAAGGAACUACAAGAUUUAUGGGACGCAGCACAUAAAUAAUAUUAAUUUUAUAUAAUUUUUAUAAAAUUAUGAAUUAAUAAAUUUUUCUAAUAAUGAGCAUUUAUUAAUUUAAUUUAUUAUGUAACCAUUUUUAAAUUCCAAUUAAAAGUUAUUUAAUUUUGCUAAUAUAAUAAAAUAUAGUAAACCAUUCCGAUAGUUCGUAUGAACGGGGUUAAUGGAGUCUUGCAUGGUUCAAUGGGCCGGAACACGCGAUCGAAAAGCACGCUAACAUAAUACGUUUUCUUAUGCAAUAUUUGGAGCAGUGUUGUCAGAAGUUAUGCCAAAACGCCACUUCGGUUAAUAAUUUAAUAAAAACAAUAAAAAUAAUUAAUAAAAAUACCCAUUUAAGAUGGAAACAACGUAAUUUUUUA